AUGCAAGAGCCAAGCUGGGGCUCCUACUCGAUAGAUGGUUACAAUGGAGAAGUAUUCAAACUUAUGCGUUUCGCCUGGCAACUUAGGAGCGAGCCACUUUCCUCAUCGUUCGCAGCUAAUUUCAAUCGCAAAUAUGGAGGUGCGGUGGUGAAUCAGACGUGGCGUCGUUUGGAGACCAGCGUACGGUACGCGUCGGCGCUCACACGGCCAAUCAGCGGUGCAGGGGCCGAGAGGAAACGGAACGGACGCCCCACCGAACACCGAUUCUGGGCCAAGUUCGUGCUUUCGGUCUGGCGGGAGGUGAGGUGGGAUAAACGGCCCACUAGUCCCGCGGCGCGAGGCGCUCAAUUGGCCGGUGGGCGGCGGACGCGCAUCCUCCUCAAGCCGAGGAUGCAGGUGUCCGCGCCACCUUGGAGCGGUCGCAUCGAGGAAAUUGCCCUCUACGACGAUUUACGACGCUCUCGGGGAUACAUUCGUCUCGGUCUCAGUCGCGUG